UGCGCAUUCGUGUGAACUUUCUCCGGCCUCCGAAGUCGAGGCUGCGCCAUUGCUGAAUAUAUAAUGUGGCAACUUACAGCCAUUUAUUGCGCGCUGUGUUUUUUCCCACCCUCCUAUCAACAGUUCCCCCGUCUCUGUGCCACCCGAGACGCCCUGCGCGCAAAGGAGUGCUGCCCGCCGUGGGAAGGAGACGGUUCUCCCUGCGGAGCCAGCUCGGGCCGCGGCUUCUGCACAGAUGUGGAGGUUCCGGGCCAGCCCGACGGACUGCAGUACCCCUUCUCCGGCUUGGACGACAGGGAGAAGUGGCCCCUGGUGUUCUACAACCGAACGUGCCAGUGCGCGGGCAACUUUAUGGGUUUCAACUGCGCGGACUGUGCGUUUGGCUACUUUGGGGUGAACUGCAACGAGAAGAGAGAGUCCAUCAGGAGGAACAUAUUCCACCUUUCCAGAGCCGAGAGGAUGCGGCUGGUGUCCUACCUGAACUUGGCCAAGCAGACGACCAGCAGCGACUACGUGGUGGCCACCGGGACCUACCGGGAGAUGGAGAACGGCUCCAACCCGAUGUUCGCGGACGUGUCUUCGUACGAUGUGUUUGUGUGGAUGCAUUACUACGUGUCCCGGAACGCGCUGUUGGGCGGGCCCGGGAACGUGUGGACCGAUGUGGACUUUGCCCACUGGGGGCCUGCGUUCCUCCCAUGGCACCGCGUGUACCUGCUGCACUGGGAGCACGAGAUCAGGAAGCUGAGUGGAGACGCGAGCUUCAGCAUCCCGUACUGGGACUGGAGGGAUGCCCAGGGGUGUGACGUGUGCACGGACGAGCUGAUGGGGGCCCGGAGCCCCCAGGAGCCAGGUCUUCUCAGCCCGGGCUCGGUCUUCUCUUCUUGGAGGGCGCUGUGCUCCCGAGCAGAGGACUACAACGACAGAGGUGUGUUGUGCGAUGCCGGGGGAGAAGGCCCGCUGCGUCGUAACCCUGGCAACCACAACCGUCACCUGGUUGAACGAUUACCAACUUCAGCGGAGGUGGAGUUCACUCUCAGUCUGAGCGACUACGACACCGGAGCGGUGGACCGCGGGGCCAACAUGAGCUUCAGGAACACGCUGGAAGGAUUCGGGGAUCCUCGGACCGGGAUAGGAAACAGUUCUCACAGGGGCAUGCACGCUGCUCUGCACGUGUUCAUGAAUGGAUCCAUGUCCUCAGUGCAGGGCUCAGCUAAUGACCCCAUAUUCCUUCUCCACCAUGCUUUUGUUGACAGCCUUUACGAGCAGUGGCUGAGGAGGCACAGACCAUCUCCGGCUCAGUACCCGGACUCUGACGCUCCCAUCGGGCACAACGGCGAGUACCACAUGGUGCCCUUCCUGCCCCUCCACACCAACAGAGACUUCUUCAUCUCCAGCAAGGCUCUGGGAUAUGAAUAUUCACAUCUGCUUGAUGCUAACCAGAGGCUAGCCGAGUCCAUGCGUCCGUACCUGGAGGCCCUGCAGGGCGCGUGGCCCUGGCUGCUGCUUGCGGGGCUCUGUGGAGGAAUUGCCGCGGUGACCACGGCCGCCGCCGUGCUGACCGCUAAGCGGCGAUACGGAGUGUCGACGUGGCUGAGCGCCAACAUGUGGAAAUACUUCUUUGCCCCCCCGGAGAGACAGCCGCUUAUCGGCAGCGAUGACACGGAGGAAAGCAAAGGCCGUAACUACCAAACAACUAUGUGACGGCCCCGCCGGCUCCUCUCUGGAUUUAAACAUCAGAGCACUGUGAAUUAUACGGUAUUGACACUUUGUAAAGAGUCUGUAAUCUAUGUUUUGGGCAAUCUAUUUAAACUGUAUUAUAGUACAACUGUGCAUGUGGCCAUUUUUAAAUGGGUUAACCUUGCUCCUCAAAUGGAGGGGGGGGAGGAAUUGACACAUUAUGGUUAAACUGUGUAAAACAUUACAAUACAAAAUAGCAAAUAUAUUGAUGUUUUAACUUGGGAUACAAUAGUUAGAAAAGGUAUUUCAACACAACUCAAACACCAACUAAAAGAAUUAUUAAAAUAUAACCAUAAUUUGGUCAGCCCACUCAGCACGUUUACUUAAGUGCACAAGUCCAAUCAGUUUAAUUAAACACAGCUGGACUCCAAUGAAGUAGACUCAUCUCAAGGAGGAACAGAAGAAAUGGACAGCAUGUGAGUUAAAUAUGAGCGUCUGAAGACUUAUGACCAUGUGAUAUUUCAGUUUUUCUUUUUUUAUAAAUUUGCAAAAAUGUCUACAUUUGUUUUUUUCUGUCGAGAUGGGGCUCCGAGUGAACAUUAAUGAGAAAUAAAAUGAACUUUUUUGAUUUUAGCAAAUGGCUGCAAUGAAACAGAGAGUGAACAUUUUAAAGGGGUCUGAAUACUUUCAGUACCCACUGUAUAAAGGCUGAUAUUCACACAAAUGGAGUAUUCUCACAAGUGUUUACUUUGAUUAUAACACCACAAAUUAUUCAAAUAGCCAUAAUAAUAAUAAUGGUAGAAAAGGAAAUACACCCGUUUUUUAGUUUGGUUGUUUUUUUCGAGGCCUACAAAAAUGAGCUGGGGUUUAAAAGGUUAAGCUGCACGUGAAUAAAGCAAUCAUGUUCCACCCA